CACGAGGAGUCAGCCUGCACACGGAGCCUGUCCCAGGAACACGACUGGCCUCGGCACGGGCUGCGCAGAAGACUGACACCAUCUCACUAACCCCCUCCCUCUCACUUUCCCUCUCUCUCACUCUUUGCCUGUAGUUAUUUUUAGAUUUCACUGGUUAAAGCUUGUCCCUUCUGGACACUUACACGCACAGGGCAGGCACACACGCUUGCUAUAGAUACUACAACUCAGGCACGGGAGUGAGCCAACAGAUUAUCUUGUUCCACAUCAAGGAAUAAAUUCUGAUUUCUGACAAGAAAAUACUGCCUUUGAGAGGAUGCCCAACGUGCUCAGCCGCAUGGGAUUUUGUUGCUUGCAAAUUUGACUAGGAGACUUUCAACGGAUAGAAAGAGCGGUUUACACAGCAACUUCCUCUUUCCUCGCAUUUCCUUCCAGUUUGCAAGAUCUUGCUUUCUUUCAACAUUUGCUUUAAGCCCGACUCCCAUGCCGUCCGCCAUAAAUGCAGCGGUGGCUCAGCAGACAGCUGCUGGGUCGGUUCCCAGCGCUACUAUUAGCACUACAACUGAAGGUGCGGGUGGGGGCACAGGGGGGAUUUAUUCUGCCAUUAUAAGUCGCAACCAGCCCAUUAUCAAAGUAAAGGAGAAGACCUAUGAAGAGCUUCACAAGAAGUGCCUGGAGAAGAACAUUCUCUAUGAAGAUCCUGAUUUCCCGCCGAAUGAGUCCUCCCUCUUCUAUAGCCAGAAAAUCCCCAUCAAGUUCGAAUGGAAAAGACCACGUGAAAUCUGUGAGAAUCCACGGUUUAUUAUCGGUGGAGCCAACAGAACAGAUAUCUGCCAAGGAGAAUUAGGUGACUGCUGGUUCCUGGCUGCCAUUGCUUGCCUCACACUGAAUAAAAAACUACUCUGUAGAGUCAUACCUCAUGACCAGUCCUUUAUACAAAACUAUGCUGGCAUCUUUCACUUCCAGUUCUGGCGCUAUGGAGACUGGGUGGACGUCAUCAUCGAUGACUGCUUACCGACGUACAACAACCAGCUGGUCUUUACCAAGUCCUCCCAGCGCAACGAGUUCUGGAGUGCCCUCCUGGAAAAGGCCUAUGCAAAACUCCAUGGGUCAUACGAAGCUUUGAAAGGAGGCAACACCACUGAAGCCAUGGAGGACUUCACUGGAGGAGUCACAGAGUUCUAUGAGAUAAAGGAUGCCCCUAAGGACAUCUAUAAAAUCAUGAAACAUGCCAUUGACAGAGGAUCCCUCAUGGCCAGCUCCAUUGAUGAUAACCUAGGCUUUUCCUACGGAUCAGCUCCUCGGAGCGACAUUGGAGAACUGAUUGCUCGAAUGGUGAAGAAUCUAGAAAACGCACAGAUGACUCACUCCACUGUAGACUACCAGGGGACGGAUGAGAGGCCAGCCUGGACCAUAAUGCCAAUGCAGUAUGAAACCCGGAUGUCUUGCGGGCUCGUCAAAGGUCAUGCCUACUCCGUCACGGCCGUGGAAGAGACAACAUUUAAAGGGGAAAAAAUACGUCUGGUGAGGCUGAGAAAUCCCUGGGGGCAGGUGGAAUGGAACGGACCUUGGAGUGACAAGUCAGAGGAGUGGAACUUCAUUGACAAAGAAGAGAAAAUCCGCCUGCAGCACAAGAUUGUGGAGGAUGGGGAGUUCUGGAUAUCAUUUGGAGAUUUCAUGAGGCACUUCACAAAACUCGAGAUCUGUAACCUCACACCUGAUACUCUGGAAGCCGAUAAACUCCAAACCUGGACUGUGUCAGUCAACGAAGGGCGCUGGGUGAGAGGCUGCUCAGCUGGGGGUUGCCGCAAUUAUCCAGAUACAUUUUGGACCAAUCCCCAGUAUCGCUUGAAGCUCCUGGAGGAAGAUGAUGAUCCUGAGGAUGAACAGGUUGUCUGCAGCUUCCUCGUCGCACUGAUGCAGAAAAAUAGGAGGAAAGAACGCAAGCUGGGAGCCAACCUGUACACCAUUGGCUUUGCUAUCUACGAGGUGCCCAAAGAGAUGCAUGGUACUAAGCACCACUUGCAAAAGGAUUUUUUCCUCUACAAUGCCUCCAAAGCUAGAAGUAAGACCUAUAUAAACAUGCGAGAAAUCUCUGAGCGCUUCCGGUUACCUCCCAGCGAGUACGUCAUCAUCCCAUCAACAUACGAACCCCACCAGGAGGGAGAAUUCAUCCUAAGGGUCUUCUCAGAGAAAAGAAGUCUUUCAGAGGAGGUUGAAAACAUGAUUGAGGCAGAGCGUCCAUCAAAGAAGAAAAAGGGCAAGCCUAUCAUCUUUGUUUCCGACAGAGCAAACAGCAAUAAGGAGCUGACAGCAGAUGAAGAUGCUGGCAAAGACGGUGAAAAAACCCACAUAGAUGAGAAAAAGCGUCCUUCAGCAAAGGCUCGUGAGAGGAGCGAAGAGGAACAACAGUUCAGGAAUAUUUUCCGACAGAUUGCAGGGGAUGACAUGGAGAUCAACGCUGAAGAACUCAGGAACGUUCUCAAUAAUGUUGUAAAAAAACAUAAGGACCUAAAGACAGAAGGAUUUGAACUGGAAUCCUGCCGCAGCAUGAUUGCUUUAAUGGACACAGAUGGCUCAGGGAAGAUAAACUUUGAUGAGUUUCGACAUCUCUGGGACAAGAUUAAAAGCUGGCAGAAAAUCUUCAAGCAUUAUGACACGGAUCAUUCAGGAACUAUUAACAGCUACGAGAUGCGCAAUGCAGUCAAGGAUGCAGGGUUUCGGCUGAACAACCAGCUCUACGACAUCAUCACCAUGCGCUACGCCGACAAGAACAUGAACAUCGACUUUGACAGCUUCAUCUGCUGCUUCGUGCGCCUGGACGCCAUGUUCAGGGCAUUCCACGCCUUUGAUAAAGACGGAGACGGCAUCAUUAAGCUCAACGUCCUGGAGUGGCUGCAGCUCACGAUGUAUGCGUAAGACCAGAGCCAGCGGCCACCUUCAUCAAGAACACACUCAAGACUUCUGUUCUGUGUAACUAGCUCCAUUCAUCCCAAAGUGCAAACAAGAGCACUUCCUAAUUACAUGUUUUGCUUGCCGAGGGAAACAGCGCAUGGGAAGAAGCCUUUGGAAAAAGAGACAACCAUACCCCAGUACGCAGACCAGUGCGCAUAUUCUGUAACUACUUUUAUAACUUCCUGACAUUUUCCUUUGGGCAACAAGGACUAAUUUAUUGAUGACUGAAUUAAGCUUUUUCUGCAUGGUAAAUACAUGGAGCGUGCAUCGUUGUUCUGCUUAUGCUGACAACUGGAAAAGUCUUCCCUCAAGUCAGGCAAAACUGGGACUGUAUCUAAACUGUGAAAGUCAGAGGUGUUUACUACCACCUGUAAUUAGUCAUUAACUCUUUGUCCUGCUUUUGAUACUAUAAUUUCAGCCUCUCCACAAUGGUGACUGAAUGUUUCAUAUGAGAUUAUGCUAGAUCACAUUACUACUGCACAUCUCAAUCAUGUUGUCAUAGAUGUGGCUGUGGAGGUGGUUCUCUGCUACGCUAGAACCAUGGAAGUAAGGCACAACAGACUGCAAUCCCUAGGUACAGCUUGGUCUAGUGCCUCAGCAAAAGUAUCAGAACUGUGCAAUUUGCUUUUAUUUUGAGUACCCCCAUUGUAUCUUAAUUACACACUGGACAUUUUAAAUGUUUUUUAUUGUAACUGCAUUCUCUGUAACGUUGAGAAAGUUGUUUCCCAUUUGAGACAGAAAACCUCUUAUACAUACAAAUUUAUGUAUCUACACACACUUUCCCCCCCACCACACACACACACAGGUCAGGGUUCUAUUUCCUGACAGUAUUGUGUAUUUUUUUAUUGUAAGAGGUGACUUGUAGCAGAAUCAGACACUAUGUUAGCAUGACCACAUUAGGAAUAUUAUUCGAAUGUGUGAGUAUAAUUAGUUUAAUUGCGCUGAAAAUAAAACCAACUGGAUUUUGGCCUAA